AUGCACGAGGAUCCGUGUGCAAAAGUUGUAUUACCAAAGCCACGUAUGACCGGCGGAAGAAUCAGUGAGCAGAAAUGCGCUCAGUAUUUGUCAGAAAUGUUAAACCGAGACACAUUACGCGAUAGAGAAGAAAGAUGUCUUAUGAAACAAGGCAAAGUUUCAAACCACAGAUCAAGAUUCGCGAUAAUAAGUAACCAUGCGACGAAACCUGGCCAGUUUCCACAUAUGGCUGCGUUAGGAUGGCGCAGAAAACGAGGGAACAAGCUUCUGUUCCUAUGCGGCGGUUCCUUGAUCAGCCCCAACUUUGUAUUGACAGCUGCUCAUUGCACUUCUAUAGCGACCAAAGACCUGGUCACUGCUGAUCCGGAAAUCGUUCGUCUUGGUACUAGAGAUAUUAAGCGGAUUAAAUAUGAAACUCCCGUCGACGUUAACAUUAAGAGAAUCAUCCGGCAUCCAUACUGGGACUCCCCAAAGAAAUACUACGACAUUGCGUUGUUAGAACUGGAAACACAAGUGCAGUUCACCAAGCUGAUACAGCCAGCUUGUUUGCCGCUACAAUUCUUUAAAGCUGUCAAUGCCACGGUCACUGGAUGGGGAGCUACAGACGCAAGAUUAGCGUCACAAGCGUCAACAUUACAACUAGGGCGCGUGGACAUCAUAGGCACGAAAUUGUGCGACAAGCUCGGCUUCAUGUACCGGGAUAGAAACUGGUGGGGCCUCAUGGAGCACCAGAUGUGCGCCGGCAAGAUACAGGGAGGGGUGGAUACUUGUCAUGGAGAUUCAGGAGGACCACUUCAAGUGGAACUCAAAAAGACGCAGCACGAAGGAACUAUGCACAUGGUCAUUGGAAUAACUUCAUUUGGAUUCCAGCGGAACAAGUGUGGUCAGAAAGAACAACCUGGUAUUUAUACUAAAGUGGCCAGCUUUGUUGACUGGAUAGAGGGUGUUGUUUGGGCUGGCCAAUAAAAUAAUAAGUAA